CGCGAUGGUGACUCUGGGCGCGGAGGUUGGCGCGUGGCGAGCCCGCAGCUCGCAGAAUGAAGGCGGGGAGCGCGGCCGGCGGCCGGCCGGGGCUGGCUCCGCGACCCCAGCGCCGCGAGAAGCGGCCCAACCACCUGAACCCGGAAAACGCCAACAAGUAGUUUUUCGUUGGAGAAGGGCGGCUCGGCUGGGUGUCAGGACUCAGUCCGGCUGCCCGGAGAAACCUCGUCCACUCGGAAACCCAAGCAGAAGCACUUUUCUGUCGGUCUCGUUAAGUCAUGUCUGAGCCACAGAGAUGGGCAAGAUCGAGAACAACGAGAGGGUGAUCCUCAAUGUCGGGGGCACCCGGCACGAAACCUACCGCAGCACCCUCAAGACCCUGCCUGGGACGCGCCUGGCCCUUCUCGCCGCCUCCGAUCCCCAGGGCGACUGCCUGACGGCGGCUGGCGACAAGCUGCAGCCGUCGCCCCCUUCGCUCUCGCCGCCGCCGCGACCGCCCCCACUGUCCCCCGGGCCGGGCGGCUGCUUUGAGGGCGGCGCGGGCAACUGCAGUCCCCGGGGCAUCGGCGGCGACCACCCUGGGGGCGGCCGCGAGUUCUUCUUCGACCGGCACCCCGGCGUCUUCGCCUAUGUGCUCAACUACUACCGCACGGGCAAGCUGCACUGCCCCGCCGACGUGUGCGGGCCGCUCUUCGAGGAGGAGCUGGCCUUCUGGGGCAUCGACGAGACGGACGUGGAGCCCUGCUGCUGGAUGACCUACCGGCAACACCGUGACGCCGAGGAGGCGCUCGACAUCUUCGAGACCCCCGACCUCAUCGGCGGCGACCCUGGCGACGACGAGGACCUGGCGGCCAAGAGGUUGGGCAUCGAGGACGCGGCGGGCCUGGGGGGCCCCGACGGCAAGUCUGGCCGCUGGAGGAGGCUGCAGCCCCGCAUGUGGGCCCUGUUCGAGGACCCCUACUCGUCCAGAGCCGCCAGGUUUAUUGCUUUUGCUUCUUUAUUCUUCAUCCUGGUUUCAAUCACAACCUUUUGCCUGGAGACACAUGAAGCUUUCAAUAUUGUUAAAAACAAGACAGAACCAGUCAUCAAUGGCACAAGUGUUGUUCUGCAAUAUGAAAUCGAAACGGAUCCUGCCUUGACGUAUGUAGAAGGAGUGUGUGUGGUGUGGUUUACUUUUGAAUUUUUAGUCCGUAUCAUUUUUUCCCCUAAUAAACUUGAAUUCAUCAAAAAUCUCUUGAAUAUCAUUGACUUUGUGGCCAUCCUACCCUUCUACUUAGAGGUGGGACUCAGUGGGCUGUCAUCCAAAGCUGCUAAAGAUGUCCUUGGCUUCCUCAGGGUGGUAAGAUUUGUGAGGAUCCUGAGAAUCUUCAAGCUCACCCGCCAUUUUGUAGGUCUGAGGGUGCUUGGACACACACUUCGAGCUAGUACUAAUGAAUUUUUGCUGCUGAUAAUCUUCCUGGCUCUAGGAGUUCUGAUAUUUGCUACUAUGAUCUACUAUGCCGAGAGAGUAGGAGCUCAACCUAACGACCCUUCAGCUAGUGAGCACACGCAGUUUAAAAACAUUCCAAUUGGCUUCUGGUGGGCUGUAGUGACCAUGACUACCUUGGGCUAUGGGGAUAUGUACCCCCAAACAUGGUCAGGGAUGCUGGUGGGAGCCCUGUGUGCUCUGGCUGGAGUGCUAACAAUAGCCAUGCCGGUGCCUGUCAUUGUCAACAACUUUGGAAUGUACUACUCCUUGGCAAUGGCGAAGCAGAAACUUCCAAGAAAAAGAAAGAAGCACAUCCCUCCUGCCCCUCAGGCAAGCUCACCUACUUUUUGCAAGACAGAAUUAAAUAUGGCCUGCAAUAGCACACAGGGUGACGCAUGUCUGGGCAAGGACAAUCGGCUUCUGGAACAUAACAGAUCAGUGUUAUCAGGUGACGACAGUACAGGAAGUGAGCCGCCAUUAUCACCCCCAGAAAGGCUCCCCAUCAGACGCUCUAGUACCAGAGACAAAAACAGAAGAGGGGAAACAUGUUUCCUACUGACGACAGGUGAUUACACGUGUGCUUCUGAUGGAGGGAUCAGGAAAGGAUAUGAAAAAUCCCGAAGCUUAAACAACAUAGCGGGCUUGGCAGGCAAUGCUCUGAGGCUCUCUCCAGUAACAUCACCCUACAACUCUCCUUGUCCUCUGAGGCGUUCUCGAUCUCCUAUCCCAUCUAUUUUGUAAACCAAACUGCAUCAGUCGGCUAAAUUGUAUGAAUUCAAGUACUGUUUACCCCAUAAUGGAGAUAAUUAAGUGUAGAGUUACUCCAGGUUCCAUUAAAUACAGUUAAAAUCCUGCAUGAUACCACUAUUUGAAGUCAGAAAUGCCACUUGGGUAGCUAACAAAUCUUAUCCUGGCUUUAAAGAUGACCUAAAGUAGUGCUACUUCUCUGUAUUCAUUGCCCAGGUCUCCUUUCGCAAUAAAAUGACAGGUAGUGUCAGCUAUUGGCCAGUACAUGAAUACAUAAACAUAUCUUCAGGGAGAUGUAUUUAAAACAGUGUGCUUCCAAAUGCCAAUCACUUCAUUGGAACUUCAUUUCUCGUGACUCUAAACCAUUUUGAAGAUGUUUGGGAUUCUAUUUUGAUUGCACACAACAUGACUCUGGUCAGCUCAUUUGCAUGGACCAUCUUGUCUCUAUCACCUGAGAGCAAUGUCACAGAGUUCGGGCACCGUGGAUGGCUCGGGAUAUGUGUACUUGCGUCAAACCAUCCGGCUGAUACAGAAACACUGGUCAGCUGUUCUGCAUGUUGAACUGUGGGGCAGGGAGGGCAAGUUUCUCCUUGGCAUUUUUUUUUCUUUAUUCUUUGAAAGAAAUAUUUGUUUUAACUAGUUUAAUUUCUUGAUUGAUUUACGUUUCUUCAAAAAUGCUGUAUUGGAGUUCUGAAUGUCUCUGGUUGUUUGCACACAGAUAACUGCAAAGAGGUUGUCAUUACUGGUUACACGCAAGCUGAGGCCAGAUCUCUUACUUAAUGGCUUGGGGAAGGCACAAAACAUGAGAGAAAGGUAACUGCCGGCCAGGCUUGCAUUGUUUAGCCAGGAAUUGCUGCUUGGAACUAGAGUCAUCUAUAUCUAUAUCUAUAUCUAUAUCUAUAUCUAUAUCUAUAUCUAUAUUUUUAAUCCCAGGAUUUGUCAUCAUUUUCUGAGGCAAAGUGCCAAAUAUCACCCAAAGCUCUCGUGUCCUUUUUUUUUUUAAUACUCCCUCCUUUAUUUUUAUUUAUUGAUUUUUGUGCAAACAUCAAAAAUUACUGUGGUUCACAGGAGGCUUUUUUGACCAGCCUUAAAUUUCUGACUCACAGGAUUGAUCAGAUUUUCAGGCAGUAUUUAACCAGGUGCUUUGUCCUGUAUGUUGUUUCUGUCUGUCUGUCUUAGCUCCCUGUCUUAAAUGUAUAUGCCAUCUGUCUUCAUGAAGCACAGAGAUGCCUUGAUAAGAUGUUCCUGAUUUUAGUACUGGGUCCUCUCCCUUGCCCCCUGCCUUCUCUGCCCUUUGGAACAGCCUCUCUGCUUUGUGUAUAAAUGAAUGACGCCCUGCAGACUACCUAAGUCCAUCGGUACUGUGAACCUUUUUUGAUAAGCAGGAUUUAAGCAGCAGCAUCACCAUUACCAUUGGUUGCUUGCUGCACUGUCAGUUUCUACUACCUAGCAACCAGCAUUCAUCACUACACUCCAGCAAAACCCCGAGGGAGUUUUAUUCAGCCCAAGUGGAAGAAAUUCUGUUUACAACAUCCCUGGGAAGCCACUAGUGAUGGUGUGUCUGGUGUAUUGGGCGUGUGAGGGAAGAAAAAUGCCAUAAUAUAAAUUGAGGGAUAAACAAUAUUUCUAAGGCAUUCGGGAUCCUUGAGACUGUUGAUUAAUCCUUAAUUCUCAUGUUUAUUUUUUUUGUUAGGAAGACAAAUGUCAUUUUUAUUAUUGGCCACAUAACAUCUAUUACUCUAUAUCCCUAAGUCCUAAAGCAUGAACUGCAUGUCAGAGAUCUUGUACAGCAACAAAUUUACCCAGACGUACACAUCUGAUAUUUAGAGAUUCAAUGAUCUUUUUUAAUAACACCACACUUAGAAAGUUAUAAUGACCUAUAGCAUUGUGGUAAAGGAAUUAAUAUGCUGUCUGGUGCUGCUGUUAUUGACUGCAGUGUUGUACAGAAUUUGUCAUGGAUUUUUGACCGCUGAAAAAGGGACAAUGGAAUUUAGCCAUACCAAGGACUGUACUGGAAACAGACUUCUGCUGCUGAAUGUGCCCUGAUGUGACCAGGUAGCACUUGGAAGAGGUCCCUGCGUCUCCACGAGGCAUCUAAAGCUUAGAAAAGAACUGUGGCUGGAACUCAUUUGGUGCUCCCCAUAUGAGUGGUCUGCCAUGGACUGGCCAGGAGCCGUGAACCAAUUGUAAAUACCAACACGUGUGCAUGGGUCAACAGCUUCAGCCAUCUCACAUCCAAGGAAGCCGAGUCCAUGACCAACAUGGAGCUUCUGAGUAAGGCCCAUACCUCCGUGAAUCGCCCCUCUUGCGCCUGCAGUAGAUCGUGCUGUGAAUCAUACGAGGCAGUGAUAUCGGUGUAGUAUAGACGUGUCGUAAUUUCCCUUACUUCUUCUUUGAUGUUUGAUUCCAUGAACAUUGACUCUCUAUUUUUUUUUUUUUUAUAAACCACUUAUGUGGUUGUCUUUGUUGUGAGGUUUUCAGUGCCUAUUUAUCAAAACUAACUUAUUUUUUUGUCACCUGUAUGUUUAGAUCUGGAAAAUCAUUAUGACUUUAAAAAAAAACUCACCAACAUUAUUCAUGGUUUAAGUCCUUUGUCAUUGUUACCUCAAUUAUAAAUAUUACAGAAAAUAAAAUUCUGGCGAUGAGAGUAUUUUUUUAUUAAAUGAUCGAGGAGUAAUGUCAGUAUAUAGUAGAGUAUUAAUCAAAUUAUAUCCUAAAAUGUAUAUUUUGCAUAAGAGAGAUAUUCUUCAAUCAAUUACUUUUUUGUGAGUUUUGUGGCAAACAAAGCUUGAACUUGUCUUUAAAAUUGUUGUAGUUGAAACUGUGUUAAGAAUUCUUCAUCUUGCUUAAUCAAUAUUUCCAGAAUUGAUUAGUUCCCCUGGGAUUCUGAAUAUAACAUAUAACCUAAUUAUGAACCCCUGUAUUGUGGAACUUUUGUGAACAUUUCAAGGUGCAUGCACAACCUUGACGAUAACAGAUGGAUAUGUAACUAACUGAAAUGAAGAAUAAAAGGCAAAUAAGCUGGG